AUGAUCCUUGAGGGUGAAGUGAGCAUAGCAAAGCGAUUGGAUUUUAAUGUACACUCUGAUGUUGAGUCAGUGGCCCCAGAUAUUCCUGCUCAAGAAUGUACCACACCACAUAAGUCCUUUAGCAUCCCAUUAUGUGGUGGUCCUUGCGCAGCCAUCUCCAUGGACAACGUAGCCGGCAUGACUGGAGGAGGCCAGGAAGGUGCUAGUCCUUGCGCCGUCGACGCAGCCGGCAUGACAGGAGAAGGAGGCCAGGAAGGUGGUCCUUGCACCGCCGUCCCCUCGGACGAUGGAGCCGGCAUGAUAGGAGAAGGAUGCCAGGAAGAGAAUUUGUUGCCAUCCCAAGACAAUUCAUCGCCCAUGGUUUCUCCGCCCGCCGCCCCCCGCCCGCCGCCGCAGCCUUGCCCGCGCAGCGCCGCCCGCCCCUCCCCAGCCUUGCCCGCGUCCGUCUUGGAAGGAGAAGGAGGAGGAGGUACUAGGAAGAAGAAGAAUGAAGAAGAAGGAAGAAGAAGAAGGAAGAAAAAGGAGAAAGAAGGAGAAGAAGAAGGAAGAAGAAGGACGCGGGCCGCGGGCCGCGCCCCGCCCCCAGCCCUAGCCGCCGUCGUCGCCAUGGUCGCCUUCAGCCGCCCCCUCGUCUCCGUGAAGGCCCUGGAGGGCGACAUGGUGACCGACACCCCCGGCAUCGCCCUACCGCCCGUCUUCGGGGCACCGUUACUCUGGCACUUCAUUUAUCCUCAGAAUGGGGUUGACGGUGGAGCAACAGAUGGCGGCGGGGAGGAGGCUGCCAAGGUCAAGGCUGCGGGCAAGGCAUGGUACAAGACCAUGAUCUCAGACAGUGACUACACCGAGUUUGAGAACUUCACAAAGUGGCUCGGCAUGACACAGUGA